GUCUGAGGUGCUGGCGCGAGGAGAGCGGGCUGCGGGCGCUUGACAUGGCGGCAGCGGUGGCGACUGCAGCGACCAAGGGGAAUGGGGGCGGCAGCGGCCGAGCCGGGGCUGGCGACAGCAGCGGCGUGCGGAAGAAGAAGGGCCCCGGGCCCGUGGCCACGGCGUACCUGGUCAUCUACAAUGUGGUGAUGACGGCGGGGUGGCUGGUGAUAGCAGUUGGGCUGGUGAGAGCAUACCUGGCUAAGGGGAGCUACCAUAGUCUUUAUUAUUCAAUAGAAAAGCCUUUGAAGUUCUUCCAAACAGGAGCCUUACUGGAGAUUUUACAUUGUGCUAUAGGGAUUGUGCCAUCUUCUGUUGUCCUGACUUCUUUCCAGGUGAUGUCAAGAGUUUUCCUAAUAUGGGCAGUGACACAUAGUGUCAAAGAGGUGCAGAGUGAAGACAGUGUACUUCUGUUUGUUAUUGCCUGGACCAUCACAGAAAUUAUCCGUUACUCCUUUUACACAUUCAGUCUGUUAAACCAUUUGCCUUACAUCAUCAAAUGGGCCAGGUACACACUUUUCAUCGUGCUGUACCCAAUGGGAGUGACAGGAGAGCUACUCACAAUCUACGCAGCGCUGCCCUUCGUCCGACAGGCCGGCCUGUACUCCAUCAGCUUGCCUAACAACUACAACUUCUCCUUUGACUACCAUGCAUUCCUGAUCCUCAUCAUGAUCUCCUACAUUCCACUUUUCCCCCAGUUGUACUUCCACAUGAUACACCAGAGAAGAAAGGUUCUUUCUCACACCGAAGAACACAAGAAGUUUGAGUAGUUCUCCACACCAAACCAAACUUUUCAAUGAUCAAAAAAUGCUGCAGACUUUUUGAGUUCCCAGUAAGAACUAUUUUUAAAAUACUAAAUACAAAAUAAAAACCAAAAUCCAGUGUCACACAGGCCUGGGAUUUUAUAAAAAAUAAAAAGAUUAAAAAUGCAAAAGGCUGUUACAUAAAGCAUCCUAGCUGGUCCUUUCAGCAUGCUCUGACCAGAAGUUGCCAGUUCCUAUGAUGGCGCUAGAAGGGGGUUAGCCUUUAUCUCCUCCGUCCUCCAUUCAUCUGGCAGUACAGAGUGCACACCCAGUGCAGAGAGCUACAGUCUGAGGGGCAGUGCUCUGACUGACUGCCCGGCUUGCCCAGAAGCUAGGUUGAAUCUGCAGUGUGGUUAGCCUUCCCCUUCUCAGAGUGCUUGACUGCAUGCUGGAAACUGCUCUGGAAUGCUCUGAAGUUCUGGCUAGGACCUAGCCCCACAUAUCUAGUGAAUGAGUUACGAGACAUUAUGGCUAUGAAGCUUUGGGUAGUGCCUGUAACCAGAAAACCACUAAAAGCCUUUCAUUUGUUUUCGAUUGAGUCAUUACUGCCUGCUGCUGAGAGCCGUGCUUGAACUUAGUAAGUCUGUGUAAACUAUAAAGACUCCUGCAUGGGACUCUGCUUUAGUCAGAUUCUAACAAGCCACGGUGCGAGGGAAGGCUCGCUGUCUGGGAGGUACUGAGUACCUUCCAUGUACUUUUGCUCAGAGCGCAGAUGUGUGCUGGCCAGCGAGAUUCUUCCUGAGAGACUCACAGCCCCUCUCAUCACACAGGAGGAGGAAAUCUGUAAUUAAGGGCACUCAGAAAGUGCUGCUGUACCACCAUGGUCCACAGAAGGCAUUCAGAAAUAAGAUUUAUACUUAGUUUUUAUUUUAAUUUUUUACUCUUCUGUUUAGGUACCUUUCCUGAUUGUGUUCCUGUGUAAUUCUCAUCCACAUUGUAAGUCCAGAGACAACACAUGUUCUAGGAAAAGCUAAAGGUAGUACUGUCUCCUCCACAUGUCAGAGCAGCCACCAGCUGCUUUUGACUGGCCUGUCUGACAGUGUCCUCACAGCACUUCCUUGCUCACCUGUGUGUUUUAAGUCCCCUUAGGAAAGGUUUGGAGGAGACAGGCAAAGCUGAGGUCCUGCCCAGCCCACUGUUCUCACAGUGCACCCAGAAAACUCCUCUUUAAAAAUAGAAAGCAAGGUUCGGAUGAAUGCCAGGCCCAAGUUUAGAUGUGCACUCAGUUUUAAACAGUACCUUCUUAAUAAGAUCUCCACUUGCUUGCUUUUUCUUUCCUUUUUUUUGUUUAUCUUUAAGACUUUAAAAAUCUUGCCAUUGUCAUUUAGAAUAUAAUUGUUCCAAUCAGAAUAAUACAAUGAAAACUACAUUUUCAAAUGCAUAUUUUCAUAGGAGCUUGAAAAGCUAAUGCAGGCAGGUGUGUAGUAAGUUAUUGUCAAACUGAACAUUAGAAUUCUGUUUCAAGUCAGCUCUCUUGACUUGGCUGUGUUGUAAUCAGAAUCUAUUCUGGUAUUUAAUAGACAAAUAUAUAGGAAAUAGUUUUUUAGCAUUUUCUCCCUUUUUAUUCCUCCAAACUGUAUUUCUUCUGUGAAACAGAAUCAACUUGGGUUUCAGCAGCCUUUUUACUGUAUCUGAGAUUGUUACCUGUGUUGGAAUGCCGCAGAAGGUGGUGUGAGAGGCAGGUCAUCCAGCCCGAGGGCUCCUGGGCCUGCCUCCUCACUGUUACAUCUGCUUCCCUGGAUGGCAUCAGAUUGAGCUGCAGCAGUGAGAAUACAGUCAGCCAGUUCCCUCUCAGAAAGGAUCUCAAUCCAACGUCUACUUGACAUGUGCUUUAAGAUGCAGCAGACAGCACGGUGUCCUUCCGACACCUCUCCGGCAGCUGACUUUUAGGUCUUUUUCCUUUUUCAUCCCUAACAUGAAUUAAUUUUUCCUUGAGGUAACCAUGCUCUUUAAUAAACUGAGAACAUCCAGCUUC